AUGAGUGUUUCUUCGCCUGUCACUCUUCAUUCUCGUGAUGGUGCAACGUGUGAUGGUCGUCAUGCUUUUGAUGGUGGUGCUGGUUUUGGUCGUCUUUUUGGUGGUGGUGAUGAUCUUGGUCGCAUUAUGGCUGGUUGUGGUCUUGCUAGUGGAGGUCUUGGUCUUUCUGGUUUUGGUCGUGGUUUUGGGGGUUCUCUUAUUUUUAUUCGUGGUGAUGAUCUUAAUGGUCACUUAUGUUUGUGUGAGAAACAUUAA